CAAAGAAACCAGAAAAUAUUCCCUUUUUUUUUUUUUUUCCUUCCUAAAAACUACUUGAACCGUUUAUCAAAACAGUUGGCGAUUAAUUUCGUAGUCGUUCACUGAUCGACCAACUGUUGCAGCUCCAGUUUCUCCUCCACAUUUUCCUCCUUGGUCAGGGUUCAAGUUCCCAACAGGAGAAGAACAAAACGCAGAAGUUUGAGAACAUGAGCAGCAAAACGUCCCUUUUAAAAAAAAAAAAAAAAAACCCCAUUAGCUUUAUCUUCCUCUGUUCUUUUUUUCCCCCCCUUGCUCUCUUCUUUAAGUAGCUUACGGCCUUUCCUCUCCCUUACAAAAUCGCCCAGCCUUCAAUUAAGCCUCCCAACCUCCUGCUGGCUCCGGCCUAUCAUCCUUCACCCUGCAGCUUACUGCCCCUCGUAUCCUCGGCGAGUCCAGCUCAGACCAUCGCGGUCUCGCUGCACGCUCGGCGGUUCCCAGAGGUCAGCGAAGUCGCCAUGGAGACGCCGGGUGUGGCCGCGGGCCGGUCGAGGGCGGCGGCGGGCUUGUGUGUCGUGGUCGUCCUGCUCGUCAGUGGGUCGAGUGGGUCAGUCUGUUACACUGCCGUGGAAUCGCUGGACUUAGGCUGCCUCCUGCGGUGGACCUGUCCCCGUGCCAGUCCUAAUACCACCUAUAGCGUGCAGACGAAGACGCAGGGGGGCCCCUGGCAGGACGUGUCGUGGUGCGUCCGGGUCCAGUCCCGCAGCUGCGACGUGUCCCGGGCCUUCUCCGACUUCGAGCUCUACAACAUGAUCCGCCUCGGCGUCCACCUCGGCCCCGGCCCCGGCUCCAGCGUCUGGCUCAGGCCGCGCAAGUUCGACUACAGCGACUUGAGUUUCAGCCCUCCAUCCGUCUCCGUCUCCCUGAGAGACGAGCAGCUGUCGGUGGCGGUGCGGUUCCCCUGUGCCGCCAGCAGGAGGUGCCCUCCGGAGAGGUGCUGUCCCGUCUCUGAGCUGAUCGACCCCUGGACGACGGUGACCGUGUACAACAGGCGCAACCGCUCAGAAUACCAGAGCCGCACAGUUUGGACGCAGGAGGUGUCCGUUUCCUCCGUCCAGUUCUCCGGUUUGUCCCCGGGUCAGAACUACUGCGCCGUGGCCAACUUCUCCUUCCCGACUUUCUCCAUGGCGGCGUCUCCGCAGUCGGCCCCUCAGUGUGCGGAGGUCGUCUCCAAGUCAGGGCCGAUGCCCGUGCUGUGUCUGGGGAUCCUGCUGGCCUCUCUGCUCCUCGUUCCACUUCUCGUCGUGGUCCUGAAAAACCCGCCGCGGGCCGCCGCCCCGGCCGCCGAAAACCGGCCCAAGGCUCCGUCGUCUCCUCGCGCUCCAGUCUCCUCGCGCUCCAGACUCCGUCGAGUCCUCCUCCGCCGUGACCCCGGACCAGGACCAGACCCCCGCCCUCCGUCGCGCCUCCAGCUGUGGUGCGGCGUACUGGGACAGCGGAGGGAUGGAGCCGGAGCUCGGGCCUCGGCGUCCCGCCUGUGGCUCACUCAUCUGAGGAGACGUGCAAUAGAUUUAGACUGA